AUGAGUGCUUCUAGCUCGAAGAUGAACACUAAAGUCUACGGAGGGUGUGAAGGACCUGAUGCGCCUUAUGUGAAAUUGGUUAGCAGUGAUGGACAUCAGUUCUACAUAAAAAAGGAGUUGGCUCUGACAUCUGGUACAAUCAAAGCAAUGUUGAGUGGACCUGGGCAAUAUUCUGAGAAUGAGAGUAAUGAAGUAAACUUCAGAGAGAUUCCAUCACAUGUGCUUCAAAAAGUGUGUCAGUACUUUGCGUACAAAGUCCGCUACACGAGUUCGGCUACGGAGAUUCCUGAAUUCAUUAUUACCCCCGAGGUGGCACUUGAAUUGUUGAUGGCAGCCAAUUUCCUAGAUUGCUGA